UAUUAUUGAUAGGUUACAAACUGAUUCACAUAUUUUUCAUAUGUGAAGAAAUAUUUUUGGUGGGGCGGGUAUGUGUAUGAGUAUGGGGCGGGGAGGCUAAAACCAUACCCGCCCCAUACCCAUCAAAUUUUUUGUGGAUUUUACCCAUACCCGCCCAUAUCCAGUCAAUACAGGGAUUCCCGCGUUGACUGAGUCGGGAGGCGGUCGGAUAUCCGUGAGCAUGGGUUUGAUUGCCAUCCCUAGGGGCUGGUUUCUUCAAAAUCUACAAGUUCGGCUACUCAUUUGCUUGUGACCAAACUCCAAUAUGAUCAAAUGAAUGCAAUUUCCAAACAUCCCAAAAGAAUUGACACUACCAUUCGAAUAUUUCAUUUGCAUGACAUGCACCUAAAUAUAUUUCAAAAAAAGGGAAGGAAUUCCAAGGCAACAAGCAGCAAAGCUUCGCUCUUUUCUUUCCACCCCCACAAAAGCACCAAUACCAAGAAGCUGAACAGCAUUCAUUUCCCCUUUCAUUUGCUUUCCUCUCUUUUUCAGGUACUUCCAACUUUAUUACCUCUCUGUGUUCUACUUCUUCUUAAGCCAAUUCCCUCUUCUCAUUCAUCCUCAGCGCCAUCCACUAUAUCUAUCUAUCUCUACACAAUUGAGAAGAAGCAAAUACCUCUCUCUAAUGGCGUCCGCAGAAGGAAAAACAGAGCCUCCCAAACCAGAGCCUCCUCAAACAGAGUGCCCUCCAGGUAACCAAGGAGUUCCAGAAGAGAAGGAAAAUACCCCCAAUCCUCCUCCAGAGCCAGCUCUGAAAUACAAGACAUGGGUUUUGAAGGUCUCUGUUCACUGUGAAGGAUGCAAAAGGAAAGUGAAGAAGAUCCUCAAUAACAUCGAUGGGGUUUAUACGACGGACGUUGAUCUGAGGCAGCAAAAGGCGACCGUGAUCGGAAAUGUCGACGGAGAAACUCUGAUUAGGAAACUGGUGAAGACUGGGAAGCACGCGGAGCUCUGGCCGGAAUCCAACCCCGGCGAACAGAAGAAAAAGAAGAAGAAGAAGAAAUCCAAGGAGAAAGAGAAAGAAAAACAGGAAGACAGCGAUGAAGAAGGUGGAGAAAACGAGAAACCAGCAGCUCCUCAGGUUCAGGAUCCUUCUAAAAGCAGCGAAAACGGCGGCGCCGUGAGAGUUGGGGUUCAGUUUAAGGAGAUGAAGAUGGGUUCAUUAGCAGAGCCUCCGGUGGUGGAGAAGGCAGUCGGGUUCGACGGUGGCGCCGCCGAGACAGGCGGUGGCGGCGCUGCUAAGAAGAAGAAGAAGAAGAGGAGAGGGAAUAAAGCUAGCGGCGGCGGAAAUGGAAACGCCGGUGGAGAGGAAGGCGAGCAGCAGCAGCAGCCGCCCUGCGAUGCGCCGCCACGCAGCGGAUCUCCUCCUCCUCCCACUCACGGUGGCGGUGGUGGUCAAACGCAGGUCCACGGACCGUACCCGGGGACCAAUCACCAGCCGCCACAUCACCACCCGUAUCAAUUCCCUCCGCCACACUAUCACUACGCGCCACCGGUUUACGCGGUGAGCUACAAUACGGCGUACCCCAGCACAAGCUACGGUGCGUCCUACUACGCUCCUCCGCAAUAUUCCUACGCGCACGUCCACCCGCCGUCGGAUCGGGAGCCGUGCCCGGGCUACUCGUCUCGUCCGUCGGAUUCGUUCGAAAUCUUUAGCGAGGAGAAUCCCAAUGCCUGCUCAGUUAUGUGACAUAAAAUGGGGAUGAAGGCUAAUACGUUCUUGUGUCAGUGGGUCUUUCUUCUUAAUGAGUUUACGACAUGGGACCAAUAUUUUUGUUAUGGGAAGUGGUAAAACUGUAAAAUUUGUGGGGGUGAGACAAGAGAUUAGGGGUUUUCCUUUUGUUAACUUUGUUUUUACUGUACCUCUUGUUUUUAUAAGGUUAACUUAGUUCCUAGUUGAACUCUUCUUCUCAAGUUUGGGUAUAUGUUGCCCUUAAUACUACGUAAGAGAUUCGAACUUGAGAUCUUAAGAUUCAGGACUAGAAAUAUUAUCUCGCGUUUGAAUUCUUCGUAUUACGAUUCUUAAUACUAAUAGUAGUUAUCCAAAGUAUAUGGAAUAUGCAUGAUAGAUAUUAUGGGAAGUUUUUAAGUCUAUAUAUUGGAUUUCAUUGAACCAGUUGUCAAACACUAGACAUGCAAUUAAGAAAAUGUAAGAAUGCAU